UUUAUUUACACUGUCAGCUGACUGAUCGGGUUUGUUCACCGAUCCGCGAUCGACUAGGAAAUAUCAUGUGGAAGAAUUUAAACCUGGAUUUGAGGAUAUUGAUGCAGGUUUAAAACCAACAACAUGGCAGCACCUUCAAGAAGAGAGCUUACAGAGAGUAAUCUAACGUUGUUCCCAACUCCCCCUAGCGACGAUAACACACAGACAUCAAGAUUCUCAAUUACAGGCUGGUUCCGCAAGGGAAAAGAUUCUCAAGCAGCUGCAGCUCCAAAGUCCGGUGAGAAACAUGGCGACAGGAGACCCAAGGACCUACCGAUCAGGAAAUCAGUGCUAGAACAUAAACAAGAAGAAGAAGAUCUAGAGGCUGAAAGAGAGGAGCCCGUUAGUACUGAUAGGAGAUCAUCGGAUGGUAGACUAAGACCUGAGGGUCUAAGUAGAGGUCUGCUUCCCAGAAGCCUGUCUCCGCUGGUCAACAGUGGGUCAAGGAGGGAUUCUGAGCAGUCAUUGUCCAAGUCCAGAGGAUUCGAGGCCAGCGCGUCAGGGCCAGUGGUCAAUUAUACACGGAGCUUGACCACCGUCUUAAAGCAUCUCAGUAGUUUGAUUGAGAGGAAGGGCCAGGAUCCAACCACCUACUCAGACAGUAGUCUUCGCCAAUACUGGAUGCCAGAUAGUCAAUGUAAAGAGUGCUAUGACUGUGGGGAAAAGUUCACCACGUUUAGACGGCGCCACCACUGUCGAGUGUGUGGACAGAUCUUCUGCAGACGCUGUUGCAAUCAGGAAGUUUCAGGGAAGUUCAUAGGAUUCAUUGGAAACCUACGGGUAUGUACCUACUGUUGCAAGGUAGUGCUCAGCUACGCCCAGUCGGCUUAUACCGGUGAUUUCAAGGCACUUCAAGAGGAUCUGAUGAACGUUACCGAGGCAACCACACCCACCACAGAGGAUGGUGUGAUGACACCGAGGAAGAAGUUUCUAGGAUUUAUGGACGAAGAUAUGAGAAGAACAAGUCGAGCUAUGAGUGUUGGGAGUGUGGAUGUUCCAUCAUCUUCUAAUCUCUUUGAAGUCUUCCCGGGUCUGACUAAUUCAACAGAUUCACAAGUUUCCACAGUUGAAAAUAAAAAGCUGUUGAAUUCAGCGCAGCUUCGAGAUCUGUGGGUCCUGAUAAAGAAUCCCAACAACGGAAUAAUGUUUCAGAAUCACCGCUAUCGCCUACGCACAUACACUGAUUGUAUCAUUGGAAGCGAGCUUGUGGACUGGCUCAUUCAGAAAGACAAGGCUGCUCAGAGAGUACAAGCUGUUGCCAUCGGCAAGGCCUUGCUGGAUGCGAAAUGGAUCAAGUGUGUGACAUCAUCCUAUGAGGAGGGCUUCGUGGAUGGAUACGCUCUCUACACCCAAGGAGAGUUAGCCGAGAGCCAGAACUUGCCAGCCCAACUGGGCAUCGAGGAGGAGAACCUUGCCUAUGGAGAGUUCAUGGAGCCAGUCUGGUUCAGAGAAAUACGUCAAGAUGAUGACCUCAACUCAGAAGAUGACCUUCUAGACCGCAAAUCAAUGAAUGAAGCAGUCAUCAUCAGCCUUCCAGAUUCCUCGUCUUCGAUGGACCAACCAACGGAGGAGCAAGAUGGAGAGGUUUCCUCUCGUCAAAAAUACAAUUCCUCCCCUAUACCCACCUUCAAAUUGGAGUUAGAUACAGGUACUCAUGAUGCUGGUCAGAAGGAAGGUUCAGCCGGUGGACCGUGGGAGGUGAUCAAUCACGAGAUCAUCUCAGUUCCAAACACCAUAGAUUGCACCCUGACAGACAGUUUUGGAGGGACCUCCCAAAUUAGUCAGCCAUCUCCGGGCCUUUCCCAGUCUAUUCCCUGGAGCUAUGAGAUGCUGGAACCUGGUCUAGUCUGUCACGACAAAACUGGGGACAUGGUCCUCGAGACCAUUAGGAAUGAGGCUAACAGAAUCCUGGUUGCUUUCCUGGACCAACAGCUCCAGCAUGAGGGUCUGGACCCAAGCUGGGGAGAGAAGAUCCUUCCUCUGGCCAAGAAAAUAUGCUCUAUGGUUAAGCCAAAUGUAGCUGCAGGUGACGCGAUGGAUAUCAGGUAUUACGUUCAUAUCAAGAGGGUCCCAGGAGGCACUAGAUCGGAGUGCUGUCUGGUGAAGGGGGUCAUCUGUACCAAGAAUGUGGCUCACAAGAAGAUGUUGCAGAAGCAAAAUAAUCCAAGUAUUCUCAUAUUGCAAGCAGCCAUUGAGCACCAGAGAGUCCAGAAUAAGUUGGCUUCAUUGGAACCUCUUGUUCUUCAGGAGCAUGAAUAUCUCAAGAAUUGUGUUUCCAAAAUUGUUGCUCUCAAGCCCACAGUGUUGGUUGUGGAGAAGUCUGUAGCAAGACUUGCGCAAGAGUUCUUACGAGCUUGUGGAAUCACCCUCGUACUCAGUGUCAAACCUCGAGUAGUUGCUAGGAUAUCCCGACAGACAGAGAGCAGCAGUACAUCCACCAUUGAUCAGGUCUCCGCGGCUAAACUAGGCACCUGCCACAAUUUCUACCUUCAGAAGUACACCCUACCAGGAGGUUUUACCAAGACUUUGAUGUUCUUUGAUGGCUGCCCUGGUCAUCUAGGAUGCUCUGUCUUAUUAAGAGGAGGCAGCCUCCCUGAACUCUCAAAAGUGAAGAGGGUGCUGAACCUCAUGGUGUAUGCUGUAUUCCAUUCUCGUCUUGAGACCGCAUACCUCAAGGAUGAGUUUGCCAAGCCCCCUCUCACCCCUUCCCCAGCAGGCAGCCCCCCUAACUCCCCACCGUCGCCCAUGGGCCAGACGCCUGGAAAACAAGCUAUCAAGGACACUGGAACCAUUCAUGAGGUCAUCAAGGCAGUCAGAAUCGAACAGGCCAUGAUCAGGAAACCACCUCAGGGUGUGGACAGCAACGCAGGAGAGAAGGAAACAAGCAAUGUUGCUGUGGCUACUCCUCCGUUGAGUCGUAGCCGAUUCAGAGCCACGGUUCAGAAACUCCUGAUGGGGAAGGGGAGUGAAGGAAGUGAUCACAGCGUGAGUAGCAGUGCGGCCGGGAGCAGGAGAGGCAGUGAUGGUAACGAAAGCAACGAGAGGACAGGAGCUGCAGGACUAGCAGACAAAGAAAGUUACAAGGAGAUGCUGACGGGGGCCACUAAGCUUCCUCAUGCUAACAGUUAUCCUAGCUUUAAUGUAUCAUCAGAAUCAGGGAGCAGCAAGAAGGAUGCAAAGGGUACUGAAACACAAGGGAAACAUGAUGAUGAUGCGGUGGAAGGCUUAUCAAGACGGGGAACUGAUUCAAGCUCCAGUAUCAGUACAUCAGAAUAUGUCCUUGUUGAUGAAAGUGAGGAUGCCAACUCUCAAACAGAUGGUGAACUAAAAGAGAUUAAAGGGAAAGACUAUGAGGUGCAUAAGCUCACUGACAAAGAAGAAGAAGAAAAUGUCUUCAGCUUUGAUGUAACGGGCAGUGACAGUGAGGUAGAGGAAGCUAUCGAAUCAGUGGACGGAAUGGACCUAUCCAGACCAUCCAUUGAAGAUAGUACAUCGGAGAAGGAGGACAAGGAAAGAUUCACCAGGGCCUUCAAUAACACCAUCCUGACCAUCUCUCCGUUCCUGGCUUUUUCUGAACCUUACUUUGAGACUGAAGAAGGGAGGCAUUCCCCCAGCCGGCACUUCUUCCCACGUAAUGUCUUCUGGUCUCCAAAGCUCCAAGAGAACCCAGCAGAUGUCUCCCAGGCAGCGGAGGCGCAGCUGGAAGACGAAGAUCAUAAAGACGACGUGGUGUACUGGUCGACGGAUCGCUGCACCCACAAGAUCAGCUCCAUGACUACCGUACAGCCCCAUCCUUUCACUUUCCUGCAGCUGACUGAAGACUUCUUGUCAGAAUCCACGAGGACUCUUCUCGCAGACUUCCGUGCCCGGGGAGGGCGCUAUAUCGCAAUGGACCAAGCUGGCUGUGCUCACACCCCAUCUCAGAAAGCCCUCAUGGGUCCGCACGAGCACAAGCCACAUCACCAACAGAACACGAACCAGCAAUACCUGAUAGCCAGGAAAGGCAAUGAAGACACCCAAGAGUACCAGUCUCAACACCCCAUCUUCGAUUGUCUUGAUCCCUACCACCACCAGAAGAUUCUUCUCCAGUUCAGCAGCUACUCACAUCACUCGGGAAACAUGCCAGGUCACUGCAUUCCUCCCAGGAUUGUAACCAUGGAGUUCUAUGGAUACAAUGAUAUUACCUUAGGCAUGUUCCUUGAUAGAUACUGCUUCAGCGGCAACUAUCUGUGUCCGAGUGAGACCUGUGACACUCUGAUGGCUAACCAUGUAAGAAGGUUCGUUCAUGGUAACGCAUCAAUCCAGGUCCUUCAGAGACAGCUUGAUAGUCCUGUCCCUGGCUACAAGAACAAGGUCCUCAUGUGGAGCUGGUGUCGCAAGUGUAAACAGGUGACUCCUGUUCAACCGAUGUCCCGUGAUACCUGGCAUGUGUCGUUUGCUAAGUAUCUGGAGAUUCACUUCUAUGGUAAGGACUAUGGUCGUCAUAGUAGCUCCUCCCCUUGCUGCCACUCCCUCCAUCAUCAUCACUACCAGUACUUUGGGCAGCACAACAUGGUCGCAUCUUUCAAAUUCAGUCCCAUUAUCUUGAGAGAGAUUGCAUUCCCACCUCUUCCAAUCACUGUAGAACAGCCAUUCAGGGCUCACAAGCAAUACCUAGAAGAGAGCAAAACCCUUGCCAUCAGAGGCAAUCAAGUGUUCCGUGGUAUAUCUGGUAACAUAUCUAGUCUGACAAUAGGUAAACCUAGCCAGCAUCUGGAGCAGAAGGAACAAGAGUUCACCAGUCAAUAUGAGACUGACUUCAAUCGUUACAAGCAGCAUAUGGAUGAAGUGGAGGCAAAGGUGACGCAAGUUGAAAAAUGGAAAGCAAGCCCUGACAAGAAAAGAGAUAGCAGUGGGAAUGACUGGUCCGAUUUCUGCCUUGAAGAUCAGUUGCUUGACAUUGAAGACUCCAUCGUUAUUGCCAAGAGAUGCUUAGCUGAAAUCAACUUCUGUUGGAAUACAAGAAAUUUAAUGGGAGUCUGGUGA